UCUCCGAAUUCCCCAAUCGCAUCAACUUCUCGGCCGUUUUUCUUCAUCAGCAUUUCUUCCCUUACAUCUAUCCUUAUUAGAGUACGGGGGCGUUUUCUUUUACGCUUGCCUACUCUACGCGUAUUAAACAAAUUCAUUCAUGAUCAACAAUAGUUGCUCGGUAACCAGUUAAGUAAGCUUAUAUCAUGAACGGGCUUUUGAAUAUUUGAGUUGAAGUUGCGAGCUCGGAUUUACCAUUGAAAAAAAGAAAGAGAAAUAAGAUGGUACGCGCCGCAACUAUUGCGACUACAACGCCGGCCGGCCGUCCAGGUAGACCGCAAGCAAGAUCAACUUCUAUAGGAAGUUUUCGUGCCGGCUCUCCCCUACCCUCUCUUCCAACAAACAGGUUAUCCUCGACACUUCGCCGUCUGUCAUCUCAGCAUCAUUACCAGACAUUUCCAACGCCGCCGCCGAGGACGGCCGGCCGGAGACCGGAUACUGGUUCAAGCUCAUCCGACUCGCACGCUCAUGAUAACCAUGGCGCGACAACACCUUUGCCUGUCAAGCAGUUGGCUCUCUUGGCCCUUUUAUCAUUAUCCGAGCAGACAGCACUUAACUCCAUAUCGCCCUAUCUACCAGAAAUGAUCGAGUCAUUUCCUGGAAUAGGUCAUGAUCAAGUCGGUUUAUACGUCGGUCUGCUGGCUUCCGCGUUUGCGCUAGCUCAGCUAGCAACUAAUCUACUAUGGGGAUACUUAUCGGAUAUUAUUGGUCGAAAACCCGUCAUGCUACUCGGUACUUUACUCUUGUGCUUUUGUUUUGCAGCUUUCGGAUUUUGUACUCGGUAUUUUCAUAUCGUUCUAGUACACGUAGCUAUGGGAUUGUUCAAUGGCAAUGCGGCUGUAGUGCCCACCUGCCUGGGAGAAUUGACCGACCGAAGCAACCAGAGCAAGGCUUUCACUUGGUUACCCGUUGUCUACAGCCUAGGAAGUAUUACUGGCCCAGCGCUUGGUGGACUGCUAGCGGGCAGGUUUGCAAAAGAUAGUUACCCGUUCUUAGCUCCGAAUAUACUAGGAGCUUCGCUUCUGGCGCUCACCGUGGUUGUUCUAGGUAUCUGGUUUGACGAAACCUUGGAGGACCCGAGGGAUAUUCCGGACUGGAUGGAGAGACUUCCCUGGUUCUCUGGUUCUAACGAGCGAGUCCAUAAUGGAUCUAAGCGUUCAUUAGCUUCUCCCGAAGGUAGAGCCGCCGACAACGAUCAGAGAGAGGCUGAUGAGGAGGAUGUGGGGGAAGAGACUACUUUGCUAGAACCUCACGGGGACGAACAGAGCGGCGACGACCCGAAAUUAUCGCAAGAUACAACAACGUGGCGGCAACUCUUAAAUCGAACGACUAUAGUCCUUCUCACCACACAUUUGGUCUUCCAGCUAUCAAAUAGCUCUUUCAAUAGUCUGUAUCCUAUAUUUGCGUCCGGACAGACGCCCACGGGCAGGGACCUGCACGCGGAUUUUAUCGGUGUAUCCCUCUCUGUCGCGGGAGCAUUCACCAUCCUAUUUCAAUUAUUCCUUUUUAGGCCAUUAAAGUCGCGCCUAGGAAAUGUUCGGUCCUAUCGAGGCUCGCUACUCGGUUUCGCGGUGACGAUGGCAUUGAUGCCGUUUGUCGGUUACGUGGAUUCCGAUCCGCCGUUUGGAGUUGGCGAUAGCAAAACAUGGGUGUACCUAGAAAUUGGCGUGAUAUUGAUUAUUAAGAAUAUCUGCGCUGUUGGUGGUCUAUCGAGCGUUAUGUUACUGAUAACGAAUUCAGCGCCAACCCACGCAAGCCUAGGUACACUCAAUGGCAUCGCGCAGAGUCUCUCGGCUGCCGGCAGAAGCGUCGGCCCUUUCCUUUCCGGUGGGCUCUAUACUGUCUCAACUCAUGUUCAGCCGAAGGGCGAGGCUCUUGCUUGGGGCUUAUUCGCAGGGAUAGCACUUGCUGGAUGGCUGGGAAGUUACGCCAUUCAUGGCGAAGGUCUUGAGAGUACGGACGAUGGAUACGAAGAGGAGGCUAAUGUUGACGAACGCCAAAACCAAAACCAAGACAAUAGCGACGUAUGAUGCUAUUCUGAUAUAUAAUAUAGGAACGUCGAUGGCGUUUGCUUACGUGGGUUUGUUGAAGGUGCUGAACCGGGAAGCUAUUAUAAAGGUGUAACGACUAGCUUCUAUCCUCACGCCCAUUUUAUAUGAUCUUCGCGGCGAUAAGAGGGAGCUACACCGCCACGCAACAGUACCAAUAAUGGGGGAAGACUUGAUUAAUUUUUAGCAGUAAUGCAUUGAAUUUGCGGAUUGGACGUCCUUGAGCUCACCUACUCACCGAGCAAAAGGUUUAUAUGAUACAAGAGAGGAUAUGCCCUUUUGUGGCGAUCGGUAUUGGCGUUCACGUCGCUUCACCUCGGCCUACUCCGGUAAUAGGAUUAGGAGGUCAUGCCGCGCGUCUAAGUUUUGAGCCACCGAACUGGACGCAAUUGGUGAUAAAUAGGAAGUUUGAUGAUAAUGAUAAUGAUGGAUAGAUCUACAUGCUAGAGCAUGAAAUGGGAAGAAACUAGUCUCUGAUGGGACCAAAUUUAGAACUUACCUUAUGCAAAUCAAUCGAUUAGUAUGCCCCCUUCGA